CCUCCCCACGCAAAGCGAGAGGAAAGCUCAAAAGGCCUCGGCACCGCGGGGUCCACGCACGCAGGCGGUGGUGUCCCAUGGCGUCGUGGCUGCUGCUCCCCCUCCCCUCCUUCCCGUGGCCUCCUCCCCCGCCCCCGCCCCCGCCCGGCUCCUCCUCCGGCCGCGGCGGCGGGGGCGGGGGCGGGGGCGGGGGAGACGGCGGGGACUGGAGGUCGAACGCCGUCGUGGCCGUCGCCGGCGCACACCUCGGACGCGCCCUCCGCCGCCGCUUCGCCGGUCUCCUCUGCUCACCGGAGGUGCGGCAUCUUGAUGCUUUGCCGAGAAUAGCUGACAUUUGGUUCGGAGGAUCACACCCGGUUCUUGGGGCGUUAGGGAAUGCCUUCUCUGCAUCAUACGUUUGCAGCUCUGCUCUGUUCAAUGGGAGCAGGUCUGAUGGGAGAUAUAUCCGCAAUGCAACGUUGCUACCCAGACGGCCUCGUGGAGUUAAUUCGAAGAAGAGGCUGUGGACUAAUGUUCUUCUUGCUCUUAACGUCCUGGCUUACGUCGCUCAGGUAGCAACGCAAGGAAAACUUCUGAUGUGGGGAGCCAAGAUCAACAGCCUGAUUGAUAGAGGUGAAGUCUGGCGUUUGGCAACAUCAUCUCUUCUACAUACAAAUCUUGCUCAUCUUGCUUUCAAUUGUUUCUCUUUGAAUUCAAUUGGGCCUAUGGUUGAGCUGCUUACUGGUCCUAGAAGAUUCCUUGCUGUUUAUUUCACUUCGGCGCUGGCAGGUUCACUCAUGAGUUAUCGCUGCUGUGAGUCACCUGCUGUUGGUGCGUCUGGUGCCAUUUUCGGAUUGGUUGGCGCCCAUGCUGUUUAUAUGUGGCGGCAUAGAAGGUUUUUGGGGAAUGCAAAGGAAAGUUUAGAGCACAUCGGUCGUGUGGUUAUCUUGAAUAUGGGUAUGGGUCUCCUUUCAAGAGGAAUUGAUAACUGGGGCCAUCUAGGAGGCCUGCUUGGGGGAGUGGCUAUGGCAUGGUUCCUAGGUCCAGCAUUGCAAUAUCAGUACGUAGCAAAGGAUGGACGAGUGGUAUUCAAAGACAGAGCACCCAUUCUCCGACUAAUAAACGGCAAAAGAUCACGAUAGAGCUUUGUUAUUUUGUAAUUUCAAAUGAAUUCGUGGCAAUAUGUGGACAAAAGUAAAUUAAAUAUAGGGGGACAGUUCAUAGCAGAGGUAGCGGCUGCUAGCCAUGAACAUGACACCUAGCCUUCUGCCACGGAGCCAACUCCAGAGGAAGCACCAGUUCGAGUCUCUCGCAUACCUGAUUGCUUUUGAAGUCACCUGGAGCUUGUUGCUUCGUUUGAAUUAAUUGCAAUUGUUAAUUUAAAUUGUGAUAGCCUACCCUAACUUGCUUGGGACAAAGGCUUUGUCGUUGUUGUUAUUAAUUUAAAUUGUGACAGGUUAUGGUAAAGCCAGCUAGCAACCCCCUGCAAUUGUAUUUAACUUGUUUAAAAUGUCUUACUGGCGCCU